UUUCUAUAUUGUACAGAUUUUAUGAAGAAGUUGACGAGGAGGGAAUCACUUUGCAUGUGAGGUAAACAUCAGAUGAGAUGAGGAGAAACACAGUGACACUGCUGAAAUAUCUAAUUGUGGGAUGUGUCAUAGUUUUAGGGGGACCUCUUAUUUUGAGGAAGCUAUUUGGUUCUGAUUCACCUCCAGAUCUCUAUGUAGAUGCUCGUAAUGUAAUGCCAAAAGCUCCGGAAAAUGGAAAGAAACCUCAUGCAGAUGAACCACUACAAAAAAUUGAUUGGCAUGACUAUAAGAAAAUUGCAGAAGAAGAGCAGAGACAAGGACCUGGUGAACAGGGACAGGCAGUGAUUCUCUCCCCUGAAGAUGAGAAAAAGAAAGGAGAUCUGUACAAAGUGAAUGGUUUUAAUGCUUAUGCUAGUGAUAAAAUUUCCCUCCACAGGUCUCUGAAGGACAUUCGUCAUCCAGAUUGUAAAAAGAAAAAGUACUUGAACCAUUUGAUGAACGCUAGUGUCAUUGUUCCAUUUCACAACGAGCACUGGAGCACACUUCUGAGAACAGCGUGGAGUGUACUUAAUCGCUCACCCAAGCACCUCAUCCACGAAGUCAUUCUGGUGGAUGAUUACAGCACAAAAGAGCACUGUAAGCAGCCUCUUGAUGACUAUGUGAAAGAACACUUUACCAAUGUCAAGGUGGUGAGGGCCAAGAAGAGGGAGGGGUUAAUCAGGACUAGACUUCUGGGGGCCAAGGCAGCCACAGGACAAGUUCUCAUAUUCCUCGACUCCCAUUGUGAGGCCAACAUCAACUGGUUACCUCCCUUACUGGAGCCAAUAGCAGAAGACUACAAAACAGUUGUCUGCCCUUUUAUUGAUGUCAUUGAUUUUGAGAACUUUGCAUAUCGAGCCCAGGAUGAAGGGGCUAGAGGAGCGUUCGAUUGGGAAUUUUUCUACAAGCGUUUACCAUUACUGGAGGAAGACUUAAAACAUCCUGCUGAACCAUUCAAGAGCCCAGUGAUGGCUGGGGGUCUGUUUGCAAUCAGUGCCAAGUGGUUCUGGGAGAUGGGAGGAUAUGACCCAGGGCUAGACAUAUGGGGAGGUGAACAAUAUGAACUCUCUUUUAAGAUAUGGCAGUGUGGGGGUAUGAUGGUGGAUGCCCCUUGUUCGAGAAUUGGACAUAUUUAUAGGAAGUUUGCCCCAUUUCCUAACCCAGGGGUAGGAGACUUUGUUGGCAGGAACUAUAAAAGGGUAGCUGAAGUGUGGAUGGAUGAAUAUGCUGAGUAUCUAUACAAGAGGAGACCACAUUAUAGGAAUAUUGACGCUGGAGACAUGACCCCCCAGAAGGAAAUCAGGGAGAAACUUCACUGUAAACCAUUCAAGUGGUUCAUGGAGGAGGUGGCUUUUGAUCUGCCCAAGUUUUAUCCCCCUGUGGAACCCCCUCCAUUUGCUAGUGGGGAGAUUCGCAGUAAAGCAGCAGAUCUGUGUUUGGACACGAGAUACAAGGGAGCCAAUGAGAGAUUUGAUCUUCAGCCGUGUGUUAAAGAUGGCAAAGGUGGUGGGGAACAGCAAUUUGAGUUUACGUGGCACAAAGACAUUCGUCCUGGCAAAAGAACAGUGUGUUUUGAUGUGUCUCAAUCUAUAAGAAAAGCACCUGUUAUCUUAUUUAGUUGCCAUGGCAUGGGUGGCAACCAAAGGUUUAAAUAUAAUAUUGAUACACAACAAAUUUUCCAUGUGAUAAGUAAUCAGUGUUUAGAUUGUGAUACAGGCAGCCAUGAAAUAUUUAUGAAUCCAUGUGAUAAAAAUUCAGACACUCAGAAAUGGAAGGUAGAACAUAUACAUGAAGAUGAAGUCAGAAAAGAAUGGAAGGCCAAGUAGUCAUAGUGUUCUAAUUAAGUUCUGUUAAUUAUUUGUUGUCUUACGGUUGGGUCUGGAGACCAAUUUAUACGCAAGAUCUGCCAGCAAAAUACAUGUACUUAAAUAUGAGAGGAUUUAUGUCUUAGAAUUAUGGAUGUUAUAUAUAUUUUAUGACGUGCUUAUAUGUUUUAAGCUUCAGUGAUAUCCAUGACAUCAAAUCAUACCUAUGCAAGCUAUACAAUUUUCUUCAUUUAUUCCUAUGUUUGUACAAAUGAUGUUGUACAUGUAAUUGUUAUGUUUUCUUAUUAUUUAUUUCCUUGUUCAUUAUAAAUGGCAUAUGAUAUAGGAGGGUAAAGGUCAGAAGACUUAUU